UUUAUGAAGCCCAACUUCUGUCCACCACCCCUGUCUGCAUUUUACUUGUUUGAUUAGUUCUUCUUUACCUUCCCCAUAUACCCUCCCUCCUCUGUUUAUGUGCAAGUUUCUCAGACCAAAACUCUCCUUGUUUUCAUAGAAAAACACAAAUGAUAUACAGUAGUGUGUUUCAAGAAACUUUGCAACAAAACUAGAGCUUCUCAUAUUCCAACUCUACACAGAGACAAAGAGAGCUUCCUCCCCUUUGUUGUUUGUAUCUGUUUUGCUUUCAUGGCAGACCCUGCCAACCAACUACUCAACUUGAGCUGAGUUCAUAUUCUCUCUGGAAAAAUGUCAAGAACCCAUUUCUUACAUGCAUGUUCAGCUUCCACCCAAUAUUGACAUUUUUGAAGAUAUUUGGUCUAGCAAUCUUAUUUGAUGGAGCUGCAAGGGCCAAGAGAUAAGUGUCUCUGAGAUGGGCCCAAAACCAUUAUUGAUACUGUAAUACUGCUUGUGAAGCUCUGGCAGUGAGAGAGGUGUAGAGGAGGUUAGUGCUUGGUUUGGACUCGUUAUAUUCCUCACGCUUGUUACUUCUGGUUCAUUUUUUACCAAAUGGGUUUCAACUUCUUUGCUUCUCUACUGGUUCUUUCACUGUUGUUGAAGCCAUUUGCUUGUCAACAACCCAAUACAGAUGGGUUUUAUGUCUCUCUGUUCUUGCAAAAAAUGGGUUUGCCAUCAUCAUCUUCUUCUUCUUCUUCACUUUACAACUUCUCUGCUCCGGUUUGUUCAUGGCCUGGAGUGUUUUGUGAUUCAGGAAAUGAAUACGUUAUUAGCUUAGUUGCUUCUGGUUUAGAACUCUCUGGUUCCAUUCCUGACACCACUAUUGGAAAGCUAACAAAGCUUCAAUCUUUGGACCUUAGCAACAACAAAAUCACUGGCUUCCCAUCAGACUUGUGGAGCUUAGGCUCACUCAAGAACCUUAAUCUUUCUCAUAACCAGAUUUCUGGGUCCUUGACUAACAACAUUGGCAACUUUGGCCUACUUGAAAGCUUAGAUAUUUCAAGGAACAAUUUAUCUGGUGAGAUUCCUGCUGCUAUAAGCUCACUCAUCAGUCUGAGAUUUCUUAGGCUCAGUCAAAAUGGUUUUGAUAUGAGCAUUCCUCCUGGCAUUAUGAGUUGCCAAUCUUUGGUUGAGAUUGAUCUUUCAUCCAAUAAAUUGAAUGGGUCUCUUCCUGAUGGUUUUGGUGGUGCUUUCACUAAGCUAAAAAGUUUAAAUCUUGCUGGAAAUGCGAUUCAUGGCAGGGACUCUGAUUUCUCAGUGAUGAAGUCCAUUACUAGUCUUAACAUUUCUGGGAAUGUGUUCAAGGGUUCAGUGAUGGGUGUGUUUAUGGAGCAGUUGGAGGUGAUUGACCUGAGCAAGAACCAGUUUGAAGGUUACAUUUCUCAGGUACAAUUCAAUGCAAGCUAUAACUGGUCUCAUUUGAUUUAUUUAGACCUGUCUGAGAAUCAGCUUGGUGGAGAAAUUUUCCAUGAUAUUACUGGAGCCCAAAAUCUUAAGCACCUAAAUCUAGCACACAAUAGAUUUUCUAGGCAGAAAUUCCCUAGAGUUGAGAUGUUUUCUAGUUUGGAAUACCUUAAUUUGUCGAAAACUAGUCUUACUGGUCAGAUUCCUUAUGAACUGUCUCAGUUGAGUAGCUUGAGUACACUUGAUCUUUCGGAGAACCACCUGAUAGGUCAUAUUCCAUUACUGAGUCUAGAGAGCAUCCAAGUGCUUGAUGUUUCAUUCAACAAUUUAAGUGGAGAAGUCCCGGUUUCGCUGUUGGAGAAACUUCCUUGGAUGGAGAGGUUCAACUUCUCUUACAAUAACUUGACACUUUGUGCUUCUGACAUCUCCACUGAAACCCUCCAAAAAUCUUUCUUUGGUGCUUCAAACAGCUGCCCCAUUGCUGCAAACCCAACCCUUUUAAGAAGUCGAGCUGCUAAGGAUAAGCACAAGGGACUAAAGCUUGCUUUGGCUUUGGCCCUCUCAAUGGUGUGUUUGCUGGUUGGUUUGUUAUUCCUCGCAGUUGGUUGCAGAAGGAAAACCAGAAUGUGGGAAGUAAAGCCAACCUCAUUCAAAGAAGAACAAAAUAUAUCAGGCCCCUUUUCCUUCCAGACUGACUCUACUACAUGGGUGGCAGAUGUUAAGCAAGCAACAUCAGUGCUUGUAGUGAUUUUCGAGAAACCAUUGCUGAACUUCACAUUUGCUGACCUCUUAUCAGCAACUUCAAAUUUCGACCGCGGCACACUUUUGGCUGAAGGGAAGUUUGGCCCUGUAUACAGAGGAUUUCUGCCAGGUGGAAUUCAUGUAGCAGUGAAAGUUUUAGUGCAUGGUUCUACAUUGACAGACCAGGAAGCUGCAAGAGAGUUUGAAUAUCUCGGUCGAAUCAAACACCCCAAUCUUGUUCCAUUGACAGGAUAUUGCUUAGCUGGGGAGCAAAGAAUUGCUAUCUAUGAUUACAUGGAGAAUGGGAACCUCCAGAAUUUGCUUCAUGACUUGCCGCUUGGUGUUCAGACAACUGAGGACUGGAGCACAGAUACAUGGGAAGAAGAUGACAACAAUGGCAUUCAACAUGUUGGUUCUGAAGGGUUGUUAACAACUUGGAGAUUCCGACACAAGAUUGCUCUAGGCGCUGCUCGAGCAUUGGCAUUUCUACACCAUGGUUGCUCACCUCCAAUUAUUCAUAGAGAUGUCAAGGCCAGUAGUGUUUAUCUCGAUUAUAACUUGGAGCCAAGGUUAUCUGAUUUUGGACUGGCUAAGAUUUUUGGUAGUGGUUUAGAUGAAGAGAUCUCUCUUGGAUCACCAGGCUACGUGCCACCAGAGUUUUCUCAGGCAGAAUGUGAUUCUCUAACACCAAAAUCUGAUGUAUAUUGCUUUGGAGUUGUUCUUUUUGAGCUCAUUACUGGGAAGAAACCAUCUGGUGAUGAUUAUCCGGAUGACAAAGAAGCAACUCUAGUGAGCUGGGUCAGAGGAUUGGUUAGGAAGAACAAAGUGUUGAUUGCUGUUGAUCCGAAGAUUCGUGAUACAGGACGUGAUGACCAAAUGGAGGAGGCACUCAAGAUUGGAUAUUUGUGCACAGCUGACCUACCAUCAAAGCGACCAAGCAUGCAACAGAUAGUUGGACUACUAAAAGAUAUUGAACCAACAGGUAACCAAUGAAGAACAAAGUUGAUAAUGGAGAAUGUGGGAGUUUUGUUCUGUAGCUUUUCAUUCCUUAGUUCUUGUACUUCUUUGUUAUGAGUUCUUUUAGCUGCCAUGGGGAAAUUGUACAGUAGCCCUGGAAAUUCCGUCUGGACUAUCGAUCAUGUAGCAUGCUCAUUUUGCUUUCCCAUUGUUGAUGGCCUAAAAGCUUAAUCUAUAUAUACACCGGAGUUUUAUUUCCGACUCCAA